AGUGAAUUCUCCUGCUCAGAAAAGCCAGUCAUUGAGCAGAUUGACAGGAUAAAUGCUCCCCGUCCUCCCCUGAGCUGCCACUGUACACACACACACACGCUACACACAGACCGCCAACAGCAAUUAGCUCUCAGAGUGAUUAUCAGCCAUCCAACCGCAUGAUCGUUUUAUUUUCUCGAUAACAACGCCGAUGCACAACAGUGAGGUAAAACAGGUCAAACAUGAUGUGGAACAAUGUGGAGAGAGAACAAGACGUUCCCAUCGAUUCCAGAAUGUAAAUUUCAUCAACAACAACAACGAGACGAACAACCUGCCCUACAUCUGUGUCUAAAGGCCAGUCCCUGGUGUCAGUGCACACGGGCUCGCAGGUGUUUCAGGUUGCCAUGGUGGAGGUCCAGCUGGAGCCGGAACACGAGUACCCUCCAGGUCUGCUCAUAGCCUUCAGCGCCUGCACCACGGUCCUGGUUGCCGUCCACCUCUUCGCCCUCAUGGUCAGCACCUGCAUCCUCCCGAACCUCGAGGCCGUCAGCAACGUCCACAACCUCAACUCGGUCCACGAGUCUCCCCACGAGCGCAUGCACCGCCACAUAGAGCUGGCGUGGGCUUUCUCCACGGUCAUCGGCACGCUCCUCUUCCUCACGGAGGUCAUGCUCCUGUGCUGGGUCAAGUUCCUGCCGCUCAGGAGUAAAACGGAGAACAACGGCACCAUCAGCUCGGGCGAGGCCGCGGCCAUCGCCUCCACGUGCAUCAUGGUGCCGUUCGGCAUCGUCUUCAUCGUGUUCGCCGUGCACUUUUACCGCACGCUCGUCAGCCACAAAACGGACCGGCAGAUCCGGGAGCUGGAGCAGGUCAUCCGCCUCCAGAACCAGCUGGACCACAGGACCGAGAACGACGAGCUGAAGGCGGUCGCUCAUUUCCCGUGAUCGCCGCUCAACGAAUUCUCUCUCUGAAAAGCUUUGUAUUUAAUGUUUUUAUGAACGACGCUUAAGUGUUUGACUCCGUCCACGUUUGGAUGUACAUCCAGAACAUAGUUCUACUUAGUGGUAAAUCGUUGCUCUCGGGUUGCCAUGAUUUCUGUCAGUGGCAGAAUAACACAUUGUUAAAUACGUGGCUUCUACUGGUUUGAUAAGAAUUGAAGAUCCACAUUUUAUAUAGGUUCCAGAAGUCUUUAUAGUCCGUGUAGAACCGUAGGGAUGACGACUGCUAUUAGUCAGCCAAACGAGAUCCAGUUGCAUGUUCUCUCUGUACCUGUGUCGCUUUCCCUCGUCCGUCCCUCGCAAAAAUGUCCGUUUACAUUUAAAAACACUGGUGAAAGCCUCUGGUUACACAUGUAUACACACAGUAUAUACACAUACACGUCAUUUCUUGUUACAAAGACAGAAGAAUAACAAUAAAACUCACCAAAGGUCACCUACUGCGUCUAAAAUUUAAAUGACAGAACGUCCUGUGAGAGCUUUUACUCGCUGGAACAGAGAGAACGUUUCUAUGUCCACGUCCAUGUUUGUGUGCAAUCUAAGGCAACUGCGUCAGUCGUUGCUGCUGUACAUAUGUUACGUUUAAGAGAAGGUGGAUGUUCACAGUUAGCAUGAAGCGCGUGCUGUUUGUAAAGAAUGAAUUGUUACAAGUAUUAUUCUGUGUUGUUUACAAGCUUGAGCGUGUUCACACGGCGUGUAAAGUGUGGAGUUUGUAUUUCUCUCGUCCUGAGGCACAUUGUGGAAUUGUUGCUCGUGUUGUUUUUAUUUGUGUCUUUAAUGGUACGAAAACACGUCAGUCAGCGCUGUUACGAUUUCAUCUGCACAUCGUCGCUCGCAAUGUGCAUCCCCACUUACCAAAGAUGUUAAAGGAUAUACUGUAUUUACAGGAUUUAUUAAGGUGUCGGGACAUUUUUAUCAAUGUACUUUUACUUUUGAUGUGAUUUUAAAUACUUAAUCUGUGGUGAUGUUUGUCUUCUCGUGGUUCAUGGUGAGCAGAGGUGGAGAAGAGCACUGGAAUAUUCUACUCAAGUAAAAGUACUGCUCUACCAAUGUACUUAGUUACUUUUGGAACAAGGUCUGGGUUUUCUUGUGUCGUGCAAAAAGGACAAGGGAACACAAAUCCCACAUGGAUUGUUUUUAAAUGUGCUGACAAAAUGAAAUCUGAAAACACGUAAUGUGUCAGUCAAAAUGGGUCAAAGGUCACAAAUGCUUUAACUUUCUCACUCAGGGACCUUAAUUAACUCCAGUUCACCUGUCCUUAUCACUCACCUGUCAUCAUCCUCUUUAUUCACCGGUCCUCAUGAUUUACCUCUCCUCUUAAUUCAUCUUCUCUCUUUAUUCACCUGUCCUCAUCAUCCUCUUCAUACACCUGUCCUCAUGAUUCACCUGUCCUCUUAAUUCAUCUUUCCUCUUUAUUCACCUGUCCUCAUCAUCCUCUUCAUUCACCUGUCCUCUUAAUUAAUCUUAACUUUUUAUUCACCUGUCAUCAUCCUCUUUAUUCACCUGUCCUCAUCAUCCUCUUCAUUCACCUGUCCUCAUGAUUCACCUGUCCUCUUAAUUCAUCUUUCCUCUUUAUUCACCUGUCCUCAUCAUCCUCUUCAUUCACCUGUCCUCAUGAUUCACCUGUCCUCUUAAUUCAUCUUUCCUCUUUAUUCACCUGUCCUCAUCAUCCUCUUCAUUCACCUGUCCUCUUAAUUAAUCUCUCCUUUUUAUUCACCUGUCAUCAUCCUCUUUAUUCACCUGUCCCCAUCAUCCUCUUCAUUCACCUGUCCUCAUGAUUCACCUGUCCUCUUAAUUCAUCUUUCCUCUUUAUUCACCUGUCCUCAUCAUCCUCUUCAUCCACCUGUUUUUAUUUUUAUUUCAAAUUCAGGCCAACAUUUUGUUUUUACUCCGUGACAGAUGUGAUUUAAUACAUAGAUGAAGUUUAGUACUUCCGAAAAAAAACCACACUGAAGUAAAUGUAACUUUUAAAACGUAAAAGUAUGCAAAAAAAACUCCUCAGUUACUCAGUCAUGUGAGUAAAUGUACUUCAUUACAUUAGUUACAUUAGUAACGGUGCUGUAACAGCUGCUAAACACAGAAAACAUGGAUCUGGCCACCAGGCCCAGGCUCCACCAACAGCCACCAGAACCAGCUGCUCUGCCACCGGGCCCUGGGCCCCUCCAGGCCUGAGGCCUCCCCCAGGCCCAGCAUCACCUGCUCAGUUUAGUAAAACAAUCAUCAUCUCCAACUCAAUGCUAUUGUUGUAAGUGGACUGUGGACACUGUGGGACAAAGUGUUCUAUGAGCCUUUUUUAAACAAACAAAGAAAUGUCUCAGCUUUAUUUAUUUAACCCCGUGUAUGUUACUGUAAAUAGGGAGAGUGUUGCUGUUAUCAUUUCUCCAGAGUUUGUGUUUUGCCUGUUUGAAUAAAACACAUUGGAUUUGACGGA